AUGCCUGCGAUGCUGGAUGACCCCAGCGCACCAGUUGUAUACCGCACCUCGGGCGACAUACCAUAUCCGCCGCCAGGCAGCCCUCUGCCCGUAGGCAUUGCGCCAUGUCAAGUCAUUCUGCGCGACCGUGUGACGACUGCGACAAUCAUACCUUUUUCUGCGCCCAACCAAGUGCCCCUCACACUACUCGCAUACCUAUGCGAUCAGCUUGGCCGCGAGAUUGAAAAAGGCGACACGUACCCCAUGGUCGAGCCACUGCCUCUCGAAGGCUUCGGCCCUUACUGGUUCGGAGUCUUCGGUGCUAUCAUGCUCUUGGGCGAAAUUCAGGACGGCCGUCAACUCCACGAAAUGGCCCGCAGAGGAUGUGAUUGGGAACGGGAGUGUCUCGGAAGCUUUUACAUCAAGCCAAACUACCCGGGCCGAUCGAGCCACGUCUGCAACGGCGGUUUUCUUGUUACAGAUGCGUCGCGAAAUCGUGGGGUUGGUCGUCUGAUGGGUGAGACGUAUCUGGACUGGGCCCCGAAGUUGGGCUACACUUAUUCCGUCUUCAAUCUUGUUUACGAGACCAACGUUGCCUCUUGUCGCAUAUGGGAUGCCCUUGGCUUCAAGCGCAUCGGUCGUGUAAAGGGGUGUGGCAAUCUCAAGUCGUACCCUGGUGAGCUCGUCGACGCCAUCAUCUAUGGACGAGACUUGGGUCAAGACGAUGAGUUUGUGUCGGAAGAGCGGUUUGACAAGAUACGUUUCUAUCUCAAAAAUGGGAAAUACCCCAACGGCGCCGAUCGCGCAGAGAAGAGCCGCUUACGCAGCGCAGCGACCCACUACAAGCUGACGCCGGCUAAUGACGAUGAACCGGAGAAACUGUGGCUCAAAGGCAAGGAGGUUAUUGCGGAUCCGAAACAGCAGUAUGAAAUUGCCCAGGAAAUCCAUCAUAAGCAGCACGGCGGGAUCAACAAGACGACUGCAGCCAUUGCUGAACUCUAUCAUUGGGUCCGCAUCAAGGAAACCGUCAGUCAGGUCAUCAGGAACUGCCCUGAAUGUAGCGAGAUGAACAAAGGCCUAUCAGCUAUGCGACAAGGCCAGAAUCAGGCACGCGCAGAAGCACGAUCGGCCUCUGCUUUUAGUACUGCCCAAAAGACAAUUACGCCUACACCGCCGACUAUCUUUUCUCUUUCCCAAGCUCCUCCACCUGGUCCUGACUCGCCUUCUACUCAGGCACGACUUGCAAGCCCACAACACCCUGCUCAUGUAUAUCAACAAUUUGCUCAGCAACAACAGCAGCAACAGCAACAGCAACAGCAACAGCAACAACAGAAUACGUUUGACAUGCCAGUUGAUCCUGCCUUGAUGCAGGAUGUCCAGCCCACGGGUAAACUAGCUGAUCUUCCUCCCUCGCCUUUUCUCACUGCUCAGCCAAAGGGUGCGUCACGUGGGGGGAUCAGCGAGAACUCACGGAUAACAGGGGAUGGAAUGGGGUUGGAUGACAGGGCAGCGAUGGCAGGGGAGGAGAUGCGGCGGCGGUUAAAUAGAGCGAAUGGGUAUAAGUGA